AUGAAUGUUCAGGAGUUGCUGGUGAUUGGAGAUUCCGAUCUUUUGGUGCAUCAGGUUUUAGGAGAAUGGGCUACCAAGAACACCAAAAUAUUACCAUAUCUGUACUGUGUACAAGAGCUAAUCAAGAGGUUCACAAAGAAAGAGUUUAAACAUGUUCCGAGGAUUCAAUAUGAGUUCGCAAAUGCAUUGGCCACUUUGUCUUCCAUGAUACAAUACACAUACAAGAACUUCAUCGAUCCUAUCCCAAUAGAAAUUCAUAAAGAACCGGCUUAUUGUGCUUAUGUUGAAGAAGAAAGUGACGGGAAUCCUUGGUUCCACGAUAUAAAAGAAUACUUGGCAAAGGGAGAGUAUCCAGAACAUGCAACUCAUACUCAGAAGCGUGCUGCUAUAGCUGUUGUACGAGCUCUACCGCGACCCCUGCCUCUCAUGGCCCUAGCUGGUGGUACUGGUGCCUGCCCGUCCGAUCCAGUAGCUCGUGUCCUCGCUAUCUGUGAGAGAAUAUAA